AUGACGCGCGGGUUCUCGUCUUGGCGGGCGGCUUCUCCGAGCCAGUGUCCGAGCUGCGCGAGCGGCUCUCCCCGCAAGUUCCGUCUAGCUGCGCUUCUCGUUGUGCAGACAAUCUGCGCGGCGCCUCAGGAGAUCGUCCUGCCCAUUGCGCUGCACGGAACUCCGGACGGCUGUUCGACUUCGCCUUCCAGUCCACCAGGGGCGCACCACCCAUGGAGGGGCGCGAAGGAGGUGAGAUUCGCAGGGGAGGAGGUGACGUCAGAAGACCGAGUGCCGAAAGUAAUGCGCUCGAAGACGGCGCUAGUGCCGCAGCUCACGAUACGGGAACUCCCGCCGUUCGCUUUUAAACCGGGUCCCUGCGGAGCAGACGCCCUAGGCGAGUGCAUUAGAGUCGGGGGUAAGGCGCGCUACGCGGCAGCAAAUGCUGCAACAGAUCGGGCGGCGGGUCCGGGGGUCGGGGUAUUGAAGGAGUAUCCUGUUCAAUGGGGCGGCCGCAGAGGAGAGCUCUAUCCCCGCUCUAUCGCGGCCGCGGACCUCGAGAUCGCGCGCCAGCACGCAGACUUCAAGCAGGAACUAGAGCGGCUCUCUGCGGAGCUGUCGGUCCAGGAGUUUUGGAACGGCGCGCCCGCGCGGCCGCGGUUGCAUCUGCGCGAGCGGCUGAACGGGCUGCUAUCGGAUGGCAGCGGGGACGAGCUGGGGUUCAAGCGCGACUUCGCAGCCGUCGAUCUGGUCGCGCUGCGCGAGAGGUUUUUGAAGGGCCGCAGAACCGCGCAAGCGGAAAGCCAUAAGGCGUUCUUGAGGCGAAUGAUGCACAAGGCCCGGUUGCCGGAUCGGCUGAAGGCCGGAAUGGAAUACAAGCUGCUCGGGCCGCAUCACAGAUUUCGAGACUACAGUCGGUAUUGA